UGCUUGCUCUCCCUCUUUCUCCCACCCCACCAUGGUGACGAUGUCUGAGGAGGUCGAGGACGUCAUCAUCGAUGUCCUUGCUUCGAAGGGCACCUUUCCUGGACUUUUCACUCCCAUUCACCAAACCCCGCGGUACCAUCAAAUUUCGAAAUAUUUCUCUCUCUCGCUCUCUCUCUCUCUCCUCCUUUCGCCUCCACACGUCUUUAUUUUCCUUGUUCAACCGUGGGGGAAGAAAGAGAGAAACUAAAUCCUUCUUGCUUUCUUCCUAACUAAGAAGACACCUGCGAGAUGGUAGCAAAGGAGCUCGACUACUAUGAAAUUCUCGGCGUCUCAAGAACCGCCACGGAGGCGGAGAUCAAGAAGGCAUACUACAUCAAGGCAAGGAAAGUCCAUCCGGACAAAAAUCCAAACGAUCCUGAGGCAGCUGAGAAGUUCCAGGCACUAGGAGAAGCUUAUCAAGUCUUGAGUGAUCCAACGAAACGAGAUAUAUAUGAUAGCUUUGGAAAGUCUAGCAUAUCCAAGGAGGGUAUGCUUGAUCCAGCAACAAUAUUUACUGUACUAUUUGGGAGUGAAGAAUUCCAUGAUUACAUUGGACAGCUUGCAAUGGCUUCAAUGGCAUCAUUUGAGAUGUUCGAUGAAGGAGAAAAUAUUGAUAUCAAGAAAAUUCAGGAGCAAAUGAAGGCUAUCCAAGGCGAAAGGGAAGAAAAACUUGCAUGUGCAUUAAUAGACUUUCUUCGUCCAUAUGUGAAUGGUGAUAUAGAAAGUUUCAUCAAUCAUGCAGAGUCCGAAGUUGAAAGGUUGAAAUUUGCUGCCUUUGGUAUCGAGAUACUGCGUACAAUUGGCUAUAUAUAUGUAAGACAAGCAGCGAAAGAGCUAGGCAAGAAAGCAAUUUAUCUUGGGGUUCCAUUUUUGGCUGAAUGGUUCAGGAACAAAGGUCAUCUUUUGAAGUCACAGGUCACAGCAGCGAGUGGUGCUUUUGCAUUGUUUAAACUGCAAGAAGACAUCAAAAAGCAAUUUAGUACUGAAGAGAACUGUACUGAGGAUGAUAUUCAAGCUUUUCUUAUGUCUAAGAAGGGACUGAUGAUCAGCUCACUUUGGAAGCUUAAUGUUAUUGACAUUGAAGCUACAUUAACACACGUAUGUGAAAUGGUUUUACAAGAUAAUUCCAUACGGAAGGAUGAAUCAAGAGCAAGAGCUAAGGGACUAAAGAUAUUGGGGAAGAUAUUUCAGAAUGCAAGGCGUCCUGACGAGCACAGAAACAUGCAUGGGCUUGAAUUCGACAAUGGCUAUGCCAUAUCAAGAACACCACCAAGGGUUUUCAACUCUCCUUGCUACAGUCCAUUAAGUGAAUUUGGGACUCCUCGAUCUGAUACUGGGGCUUCCCCAGGCCCUGAUUGUUGGACCUCCCCUGGAACUAGAAGUCCAUAUGAAGACAGAGUAAAUGCUGAAGGCAGCAGAAGCCCUGGGUGUUUCCGCAGUUUCAGGAGUCCAAAGACUUCUCCUAAGCCCUCACCUCCCAGAAGCGAUCCCCCCAUUCAGAAACUUGGUGGAGCUCUAAGUUGCUUGUGUGGAGCGAGUGUGCUUGAUGAGAGGGCGUUAUCUUUCGAGUUUGAAAGAAGGUGGAUGACAUGAAGAUAAAAUCAGAACCAUGGGUCCAAGCUACUGGGUGACCCAGCAUCUUUCCAUUGUUGAGGCACCUCUUCAUGUUAAAAUUUUUUCUUUACGCAGAUGUCUGUAGAGUUGCUGUUCUAUCAAUCAGAUGUAUAUCUAUUAUUAUUCUAUAACAUUCUCAUCAAUCAAAUGAAAGCUGUCCUUUUCUUCU